AUGAAGGAGGAAAAUGUUCACGAUCCCAAAUACCGGGAGGCAAAAGAAGCCCAAAGCUCCCCGUCGGUGCCAACAAGCCAGCUCUUCAGACUCGACAACCGCACGAUCAUAGUAACCGGAGCUGGCGGGUUCCUUGGCACUACUGUUGCAAAAACGAUCAUCGAGAGCGGUGGUGAUGUGGUCUGUCUUGACCUGGUCGAGAAUCCCCAGUCUGUAUAUUGGAAGCAAGUGCUGGAAGCGGCUGACCACCAUGGUCGCAAUGUACACUACUACCCGUGCAACGUUCAAGACGCAGAUGCAAUGGCCGACAUCUUUGCGCGAUUCCUCCCUCUCUUGCAAAGCCCCAUCCGAGGCCUUGUGUCCUGCGCAGGCGUGUCGGACAACGGCCCGGCCACGGACUUUCCUGUGCGGUCGUUCCAGAGAUUGCUGGACAUUAACGUCACCGGUACCUUCACAGCUGCUCAACUGGUCGUCAAGGAAGUCAUCAAGGCAGGCCUCAGUGCCAGCAUGGUGUUCGUAGCCAGCAUGAGUGGGUAUGUCUCCAACAAGGGUGUGGAUACAGCUGGCUACAACGCCUCCAAAGCUGCUGUGCACCAGUUGGCGAGGUCUCUGGCGGCAGAAUGGGGUUCAAGAGUCAACGUACCACUGAUCAGAGUCAACACUCUCUCGCCGGGCUACAUUCGUACAGAGGCAACAGCCGAGGCACUGCGCAAGCCUGGGAUGGAGUCGCAGUGGGUAGGUGACUCCAUGCUGUAUCGGCUGAGCAACGUGGAUGAGUACCGCGCCCCUAUUCUAUUCCUCCUGGGAGAUGGCAGUAGUUACAUGACCGGGGCCGACUUGCGAGUCGAUGGAGGCCACUGCGCAUGGUAG